AUGUAUUUUUUUCCGCCGAUGUUCGUACCGCCUCCUCCAAAUGCAGUUCCUAAGACACAAUAUAUGAGCACUGGGCCACUGCCAGCCUCUACCCCUGUUAUUAACCAAUCAGCAGACACUUCCAGUGGCGAAAAUACCGUGGACCUGAUAGUUUACAUUGGGAAUCUUCCUAUAAAAUUAUCCAAUGAGGCGGCCAUAAACAUUUUGCAAAAGUGCGGCCCGCUAACGCACUGGCGAAGGCAGAGCGAUCCGACAAACGACACCUUCGCCACGUUCGGAUUUUGUCAAUUUGCCGAUUGCCAGGGCGCCCAUAAUGCAAUGACGCUGCUAGCCGGGUUAGAGCUUCAGAAGAAACCGAUAAAAGUUAGCUGCAAUGACAAAGUCAAGUACCAGCUUGCUGGUUGGUUGGCUAAAAGGGAGGCGCAUCUACUGGAUCACGCGGAAGAGGAACCAGCAAUAAAAGCAGCGGAAGCUGCGGUAAAGAAAGAUCUGCAGGGCCUGCUAGCCGAACAGGAUAUAUUAUUGGAACGGGAGUCUAGGCGUUUGAAGGCACUCUAUGAUGAUAGACUAAAACGUCGGGAGACUGAAAGCACCAACAGCAUAGAUACCAACGACGAUUCUGCUCGUAAGAAGAAGAAAAACGAGGAAGAUAAAUUGGAUUACAGUUACUUGAGUAAGGAUUACAAGGUACACUGGAAGGAGAAUGAGAGGUUGAAUCGCAUAAGACACAAAGAUAAAGAGGCCUUCACAACGUUUUUACGCACAGAGAGGGAGUGGAUCAAGGAUGAGGAACGCAUGUUCAAAUAUGUUGCCCGAAAAAGGGAGCUUGGAGGACAAAUAACGGAUAGAGACCGUGAAAAGGCAAUGAAAGAGGAUGAAUAUACCGAUUGUAUACUAGACAGGGAUAUGAUUAGGUACUUAGCCCGAGAGAAACGUUUGGAUGCCGAGGACUACCAGGAUGAAGUACGGUCCUUAGAAGAGGAAAAGAAUGAGCUAUUGGCAAAGGAGAAACUUGAGGAGGAGAGGAGGAGGAAGGUAGCUGAAGAGCAAAAACAGAUUGAGAUGCAGAAGAAAAUGGAGGAAGAAAUGCUUAAACAAAUGCAAGAGCAGAAGAAGCUUGAGGAGGAGAAGACGCGAUUGAUUGAACAGCAAAACAUUGAAAGGCAAAAGAAAUUGGAAGAGGAACGGAAGCAGAUGCCUACGGUGAAAAAAUUCACCUUCGUCCCCAAACCUAUAGCUACUUUAUCCAAACCUAAAGAAGCCGCCCCUAUCAAAACAUUUUUCAAUGAAGACUCUGGCGAUACUGGUGAAAAUAGCACCCGUACAAAAACACUUGCUCAAUCGAAGAUACAAGAAAAUUCAGCUUCUACAAUGGAUCCAAAGACAAUUAUGGCCAUGGUACCCAAACAAAUGAACGAGAUACUGGACUAUAAAAUUGAUUGGAACCUUGUACAGGUUCAUGAUAUUAUUAACAACAAGUUGAAACCAUGGAUUAGGAAGAAGAUCAUAGACUAUAUGGGGAAUGAUGAAAAACUUGUCACACAAGUGUUAAAGUAUAUUUUAUCACGGAUUUCAGAACACAAAAAUCCAUCACAUCUAUUGGAAGAUGUGGAGCGAUUUUUGGAUCAGGAAGCAACCCCCUUUGUCAUGGGUCUGUGGCGCCUCCUGAUCUUUGAAAUACUAUGUAAAUCGCACAGAAUAUAG